AUUUUAUAUUUAUUAAUUAUACUUGUUACCUUGUUCUUCACUCAGAAAUGCACACCUUAUAGCUGCAAAGAAACGCCAUAGAAUAUAACAACGCAGUUCGAGAUAAAGUACAGAUCCAGCUACAUUCUCUUCUCAUCUUUGAUUCGAAUCCAUGGCUUCCAAAUUGCUACUCAUUGGUGUGUUUGUUCUUGACUUGAUUGCUUUUGGACUUGCUGUUGCUGCUGAACAAAGAAGAAGCACUGCCAAGAUUGUUCCAGACAGGGAUGAAAACUAUAACUAUUGUGUCUAUAACUCGGAUAUAUCAACCGGUUAUGGUGUUGGAGCAUUUCUAUUCCUCCUUGUUAGUCAAAUCGUCAUAAUGGUUGCCAGUCGAUGCUUCUGUUGCGGGAAGCCUCUAAAGCCCGGAGGCUCAAGGGCGUGUGCAGUCAUUCUUUUCAUAAUCUGCUGGGUGCUUUUCUUGAUAGCUGAGAUGUGCUUAUUGGCGGGAUCAGUUGAAAAUGCUUACCACACAAAGUACAGGACCAUCAUUUACAAUGAUCCUCCUUCUUGUGAGACAGUAAGGAAAGGAGUUUUUGCUGCUGGUGCCGCCUUCAUUUUCUUCACCUCCAUUAUUUCGAAGUUCUAUUACAUCAACUACUCGAGUGCAAGGGAAAGUUUCCAACCAUAUCUUGGAGGUGGUGAGACUGGCGUCGGGAUGGGAACCUACAAAUGAGCUUGUUAGUCUCGUUCUUGUCUAAAAUGUGGCUAUAUCUGAAACUUGAUUCCGUAACAUUUAUGUCACAUUUAUUAUAUUUUACGGUUUUAGAGGCUAUACUAGAAUGUAUAAGUUGUAUGUUAGUGAUUUUUGUUAUUGUUGUUGUUACCUAUUGUCUUUUUAAUCGACGAUGAUUGGAUUCAUUACCUCGUACAUUUUUGGGGUGUUCUUUGUCAUAUAUAUAAAUCAAUUUAUAAGAGAGAAUGUUUUGUUGCA